CAUUGUUGAUGACAAAUUUAUUAAGAAAUGCGAGUUUGCACGAUUAAGCUGUGACUUUUUCUUUUUUUUUAUGCCCUUCAGUCUGCUGUGAUUUGCUAUACUUCAUUCAACAGUCUUUUGUUUGCGCUAUGAUCCAAGGAAAGCAUGACAAGACCACUUGAAGAUGCGGCCCAUGCCGCAAACAAUCUGGCUUCGACUGAGGCUGUUGCCCCAGAGCCUUUGCUCUCUGUGAAAAUUGAGCAACCACCGGCAGAAACGGACCUUUCAAAAAACUUUAAUCAAUCGGAAAACGAGGCACCGAGUAGUGCUUCCGUGUCAUCUAAAGAUGGCGAGACGGUACCAGAAAAGGUGUCGCAAGCUGCGGCAAACCCUGAUAAGAAAUGGUACAAGAGGAUCAACCCUCUGAAGAGAAGUAGCAAGCCAGCUGUUCCUCAAGAAAGAAUAGUUUCAAGGGAACAUGGCGCCGGCUUCUUUAGCCGGCUAACCUUCCAAUGGAUGAGUCCAAUUAUGGCGGUUGGUUACCAGCGGCCUCUCGAACUCAAUGAUAUCUGGCUCGUCAACCCUGAUAGAAGCGUUGACGUUAUGGUGGCCAAGCUAGAUGCAUCUUUACGAGAACGUGUCGCCCGCGGCGACAAGCAACCCUUGUUUUGGGCCAUGCAUGACACUUUUAAAGUUGAAUUCUGGAUCGGCGGAUUAUGCCAGCUGACUGGCAGUAUCUUUCAAGUAAUCUCACCCUUCACCAUGCGUUAUCUGAUCAGUUUCGCAACCGAUGCCUAUAUUGCUCAACGCCGGGGCACACCGGGCCCCAAUAUAGGUCAUGGUAUAGGCUUGGUCAUUGGCAUCACUUUGAUGCAAAUUUUCCAGAGUUUGGGCAUGAGUCAUUCAAUGUAUCGUGGAAUGAUGGUUGGCGGACAGUCUAGGGCAGUUUUAAUCAGCCUGAUUUUCGAAAAAGCCAUGAAGAUAUCAGCAAGAGCUAGAGCUGGAGGUCAAGCACUCGAGACCGCAACGCCAAAAGAAGAUGACGAUAACAAUGCAACGAACUCCAAAGCCAGCAAGAAGUUUUUUGGCGGCAAAAAGCGUUCAAAGCAAUCGAAAGUCGACCCAAAACUGGCUAAAGGUGUUGCUGGUGAUGGCGCUGGCUGGGCUAAUGGUCGAGUCGUCAAUCUCAUGUCAACAGACACACAACGUAUCGAUCAAGCCUGUGCAAUGUGUCACAUGAUAUGGACUUCUCCUGUGGCUAUCAUUAUCACGCUCGUUCUCCUUCUAAUCAACCUAACUUAUAGUGCAUUGGCCGGAUUUGGAUUUCUAGUCCUCGCGGUACCUAUCAUCGGGCGUGGCGUCAAGAGCCUGUUUACGCGGAGAAAGGCUAUCAACAAGAUCACGGAUCAAAGAGUCAGCCUGACCCAGGAAAUUCUCUCAGCCGUACGUUUCGUGAAGCUUUUCGGAUGGGAGAGCAGUUUUCUCGGUAGGAUUAGGCAGAUUCGCAACAAGGAAAUAAAUGCUAUUCAGAAAUUGUUGGCCAUGCGAAACGCCAUCAAUGCUGUCUCUAUGUCUCUGCCAAUCUUCGCUUCGAUGCUUGCCUUUAUCACAUACCGUCUUUCCAGUCACGAUCUCAACGCAGCUCACGUCUUCUCAUCACUUGCUUUAUUCAACGCCCUUCGUAUGCCUCUAAAUUUUCUGCCUUUGAUCAUCGGCCAAUGUGUGGAUGCGUUGGCAUCAAUUGGACGCAUUCAGGAGUUUCUGCUCGCUGAAGAAGCCAAGGAAGAGGUCGAAAGCAUCGAGCAAGCUAAAGAGGCUGUGGUUCUAAAGGGAGCCGGGUUCACGUGGGAAAGAACCUCUACACAAGACUCGCAAAGCGGAAAGCCUGCAGGUCCACCCGCGAACAAAAAGCAGGCGAAGAAGGAGCGUAACCUUAACAAAAACGAGGAAAAGCAAGCACAAGAAACCCCGAAACCUGAUAAUAGCGCAACGAAUUUGAGUGAAGCGGAACCUUUCAAGCUUGAGGGACUCAACCUAGAGGUUGGAAGAAAUGAGCUCAUUGCAAUCAUUGGUGGCGUUGGUUCUGGGAAGACUUCACUGUUAGCUGCACUGGCUGGCGAAAUGCGAAAAACAAAUGGACAAAUCAUGAUAGGCGCAUCGCGUGCCUACUGUCCCCAAUAUGCUUGGAUACAGAACGCUACUCUAAAGGAUAAUAUUCUCUUUGGGAAGGAUUUCGAUGAAGCAUGGUAUGAGAAAGUUCUUGACGCGUGUUCACUUCGCCAGGACCUCGAAAUACUGCCAAAUGGUGAUCUAACGGAGAUUGGCGAACGCGGUAUCACGCUGAGUGGUGGUCAAAAGCAACGACUUAACAUUGCAAGAGCAAUAUAUUUCAAUGCGGACAUUGUGAUUAUGGACGAUCCGCUAAGCGCAGUUGAUGCGCACGUUGGGCGUAAUAUCUUUGACAACGCCAUCUGCGGUUUGCUUGAGGGGAAAUGUCGAAUACUCGCCACUCACCAGCUCCACGUGCUGAACCGCUGUGACCGUAUUGUCUGGAUGGAUCAGGGGCGCAUCGAGUCUAUUGGCACCUUCCACGAAUUGAUGGCAAACAAUCCACGCUUCGCCGAAGUAAUGAAGACAACAGCAGUAGAGGAGAAAAAGGAAGAGGCGGGGGAAACGAGUGAUGAAGAAGUAGAAGAGGAAAAGAAGGAUGUCAAGAAGUCAACUGGGCCAAAACCUGCAGGUGCUCUUAUGCAGCAGGAAGAGAAGUCGACGAAAAGUGUCUCCUGGGGUGUCUACGUGGCCUACCUCCGCGCAUCGGGAACCAUUCUCAAUGGCCCAAUUGUCUUUGCUCUCCUAGUUUCUACUCAAGUUGCGAAUAUUGCCACAAGCUUGUGGCUCUCAUGGUGGACCUCGAAUAAGUUUGGUUACUCCACCGGUACAUAUAUUGGGAUUUACGCGGCACUUGGUGUUGCGCAGGCUUUCAUGAUGUUCUUAUAUGCUUUUGGCCUUUCAACUCUGGGUACGCAUGCCAGUAAAGUCAUGCUUCAUCGGGCCAUGUUCCGUGUUCUGCGAGCACCAAUGUCAUUUUUCGAUACUACGCCUAUGGGGCGCAUCACCAACCGAUUUGCCAAAGAUGUGGAUACUAUGGAUAACAAUCUAACUGAUGCGCUACGCAUGUACGGAUUAACUCUUGGCAUGAUUAUUGCCGUCUUCGUUUUAAUCAUUGUAUAUUUCCAUUACUUCGCAAUCGCCCUUGGGCCUUUAUUUAUAUUAUUCCUAUUUGCAGCCGGUUACUAUCGAGCAUCGGCUAGAGAGGUGAAGCGAUUCGAAGCUGUCUUGCGUUCGGUUGUCUUCUCGCGAUUUUCAGAAGGGCUCACCGGCACAGCCUGUAUUCGUGCAUACGGGCUCACGGACCGGUUUAUCCGCAGUCUCCGUGACUCCAUUGACAAUAUGAAUAGUGCAUAUUUUCUUACAUUCUCAAAUCAGCGUUGGCUAAGCUUACGCUUGGACACUAUUGGAAAUCUGCUAGUCUUCACUACAGGCAUCCUUGUGGUCACUUCCCGAUUUAAUGUUUCGCCGAGUAUUUCAGGAUUGGUGCUUUCAUAUAUCCUCUCGAUUGUACAAAUUAUGCAGUUCACCGUCCGGCAAUUGGCAGAAGUCGAGAAUGCAAUGAAUUCGACUGAGCGGCUCUACCAUUAUGGUGUCGCCCUGGAGCAGGAGGCGCCCUUGCAGCUAGGAGAGAUUCGCCAAUCUUGGCCGGAACAAGGAGAGAUUUUAUUUGAUAAUGUCCAGAUGCGCUACCGAGAUGGGCUUCCAUUGGUGCUGCAUGGGUUCUCCUUACACGUGCAGGGUGGAGAACGAAUUGGAAUUGUGGGACGCACUGGGGCCGGAAAAUCGAGCAUUAUGUCGACGCUCUUCCGACUCGUUGAAUUAUCUGGAGGCUCAAUUACAAUUGACGGCCUCGACAUUGCAAAGGUUGGCCUUCAGGAUCUCCGCUCGAGGCUUGCGAUCAUUCCUCAAGACCCAACCCUCUUUCGGGGCACGAUUCGCUCCAACCUGGAUCCUUUCAGCGAACACACCGAUCUCGAACUCUGGUCGGCUCUCCGUCAGUCCGGCCUCAUAUCGGCGGACAAUUCGCCAGAUGACAAGACUACCAAGGCUUUGGACCUGGAAACAUUGGUCGAAGAUGAGGGUCUCAACUUCUCCCUGGGCCAGCGCCAGCUGAUGGCGCUUGCACGGGCCCUUGUACGCAACGCGCAGAUCAUCAUUUGCGACGAAGCCACGAGCAGCGUCGAUGUUGCUAUGGACGAGAAGAUCCAGCAAACAAUGGCUACGGCGUUUAGCGGUCGAACGCUGCUCUGCAUCGCUCACCGUCUGCGAACCAUUAUCAAUUAUGAUCGCAUUUGUGUUAUGGACCAGGGAAGGAUCGCAGAAUUGGCUACACCGCUGGAACUUUUCGAUCAGAGUGGAAUAUUCCGAAGCAUGUGUGACCGAAGCGGUAUUCCUCGCGAAGAGAUUGCGAAACGCUUGGCGAAGGAGUAGGUAAUGAAGGUCUUUUAUCGUUUCAAGCAGUUUUGUCCGAAGGGAGCAUCCAUCCAGUGCUCGGCAGCAUAAUUUUUUUUUUUUUUCCCCCAAUAGCCUGGCGUCUUUAUCGGACAACUGCUACAUUGCAUUGCAUUAUCACUGUACAUGAUUGAUAUUCUUUGUCACAUGGCAUUUAACCUUUGUCUUUUUGCCUCUUUUUCCCCUCCACUCUGCAGCAUUGCAUUUGCGCAUUCUCAUCUUCGGGGCAUUUGUUUCUUAUAUAUAUUAUUCUUCUUCUCUUCCCUCGGCAACAACACAUGAGCAUGGGAUUACGCAACUCUUAUACAUAGAAAUUUACCAAGGAUCAUAGUUUCUCGACACAAUGUGGCU